GAUAUUUCGCUGCUACACGCGAUGUUUGUUGUUUGCCUUGAAUCGGUCCGAAGUUGCAAUGUCGUAAACACCUAUGAACCAAAAUUAAAGUGAUAAGAAAAACGUUUUAUACUAGUCAGUUAGCUAUAACAUUUUUCUGUCUGCCCGAAGUUCUGUAAAAAAUGCUGUCAAAUCUGUGACGUAUGGAAAUUUGCGGAACACCACAAGAUAACAUUGAGGAAGUAGCGAGCUCGAUUGCUAAUCGGACAGCUGUGUAAGAAUAACGUUAGAUAGCUGUUUAUGUAGCUGCUGUUUAAUAAUCGAUUUAAUUCGUUUUUAAUCAUGGACCAAGCAGUCAGCGUCAAUGCAGACCCAGAUAUGCCAUCUGAUAUUGAAGGUCGUAGCUCGCGCUGGAGAAAUUGGACUGGUUUUUGGUUGCUGGGGUUGUGCAAUAACUUUGCGUACGUGGUGAUGCUGAGUGCAGCCCAUGACAUCUUAAAACAACAAGGGUCUCACAACUCCACAUCGCCUACUCCAUCCACAGUUGCCUUGGACGUUGAAGGUGGAAAAAGAAGUCGUUACGACUGCAGCCCUGUUUCUACCGCGGCUGUUUUGUUGGCUGAUAUUCUUCCCACUCUCAUGAUCAAGUUUUCUGCUCCAUUCUUCAUCCACAAUCUCCCUUAUGGUUUCCGAGUGUUGGUAUGCGUUGCAACGGCGAUUGCAAGCUUCCUUGUGGUGUCCUUCUCUUCUACCAUGUGGAUAAGCGUUUUGGGUGUGAUCUUUGCCAGUGUGAGCGCUGGACUGGGAGAGCUCUCCUUCCUCUCUCUCACUGUCUUCUUUAGCAGAGAUGUGUUGGGGGGCUGGGGCUCGGGCACCGGUGGAGCAGGUGUGGCCGGGGCUCUGCUGUACUCUUGUCUCACGCAGGCUGGCCUCUCGCCCAGGAACACGCUGCUCAUCAUGCUGGUCAUCCCUGUAGCCAUGGUGAUCAGCUAUUUUUUCCUGCUAGUCUUCCCCCCAUCCUUCCCACAGUGGAAGUGCAGGGAGGUGGAGUCUGUGAGGGGCAGAGACUCACAGAGCAGGCAGCCCCUAUUGGAUGACACUGAUGAAGAGGAAGAGCGGGAGAAAGGUGCUGAAGAAGACAAGGUCACUGGACCACUGACAUGUAUUGAGAAACUACACAUCACUAAAGGUCUGUUGAGGUUUGUGGUUCCGUUAGGAGUUGUCUACUUCGCGGAGUACUUCAUCAACCAGGGCCUGUUGGAACUCCUAUAUUUCCCAAACUUCUAUCUCUCCCAUGCAGAGCAGUAUCGCUGGUACCAGACACUGUACCAGGUGGGGGUGUUGGUCUCGCGAUCCUCUCUCUGCUGUGUGAAGUUCAGGAGAAUCUGGGCUCUCUCUCUGCUUCAGUGUGUGAACGCGGUGUUGCUGUUAUUGUCAGUGUACUACCAGUUCCUGCCCAGUGCAUGGCUGGUGUUUGUGAUAGUCCUCUACGAGGGGUUGCUGGGUGGAGCUGCAUACGUCAACACAUUCUACUUCAUCAGCAAGGAGACUGGAGACAGACAGAGGGAGUUUGCCAUGGUGGCAGCCAGUGUAGGAGACAGUCUGGGCAUCGCCAUCUCCGGCCUCAUAGCUUUCCCAGUCCACAGAUACUUCUGCUCACUAUAAGAGAUAGUAGAGGGAGAAAGACUGGUGGGAAGUGCAAAAGAGGUAGUAUCAUGUUUUGAAGUGCUUGGUAUUUCCUUGGAGGUCUGAAAAAGAGACUCUGCAGCUGGGGUGGAUGGAAAUUGCUGAUAAUUAUUGUUAUGCUUAAAUUAGAGGUCUGUUCAGACAUUUUCCUGCACCUUAGCAACCUUGCUGGGUGUGUGGUAGAUUCCUCCAUUUACUUAGAAAUCACAUUGUUACGACUGGUACAAGUUUCAUAUCACUUCGAAAGAUAACGGUCACUAGCCAACUGUAACUUUAAUAUUUCUGCCAUCACCAAGGACAUUUGUCAAUGUGCCUUUGAUAAUUAUCAGGAUUGUAUGUUUUAAUAUAUUUAUCUUUUCACUACAUUCCAAUGUCUAGUAUCCUGCUAAAAUUUGUUUUAAAUAUAACCACUAACUUUUUAUUUGCUGCUAUUGUUGAGUUCCUGUUAUAAAAUUGUGAAUGCUCUAACUUAGCUCUACUAACAGUGUUUACAUGUGGUGGGCUUGUAUGAUCAAUGUUCAACUAUUGAAAACUGACCUUAGAUUCUACAAGUGAUUUAAAAAAAAAAAAAAAAGAUUUUGAAUCAAAUGUGUGGUUUAUUGUUCUGUAGGCCUACUUUGUUUUUAAAUAAGAUAAAUUGCACAAUUAAAUUUAGACUUUUAAAUUAAUUAUACAGUUGAAGUCAGAAGUUUACAUACACCUUAACCAAAUACAUUUUAACUCAGUUUUUCACAAUUCCUGACAUGUAAUCCUUGUAAAAGAAUUCCCUGUCUUAGGUCAGUUAGGAUCACCACUUUAUUUUAUCAAUGUGAAAUGUCAGAAUAAUAGUAGAGUGAUUUAUUUCAGCUUUUAUUUCUUUCAUCACAUUCCCAGUGGGUCAGAAGUUUACAUACACUCAAUUAGUAUUUGGCAGUAUUGCCUUUAAAUUGUUUAACUUGGGUCAAAUGUUUUGGGUAGCCUUCCACAAGCUUCCCACAAUAAGUUGGGUGAAUUUUGGCCCAUUCCUUCUGACAGAGCUGGUUUAACUGAGUCAGGUUUGUAGGGCUCCUUGCUCGUACACGCUUUUUCAGUUCUGCCCACACAUUUUCUAUAUGAUUGAGGUCAGGGCUUUGUGAUGGCCUCUCCAAUACCUCGACUUUGUCCUUAAGCCAUUUUGCUUUGGAAGUAUGCUUGGGGUCAUUGUCCAUUUGGAAGACCCAUUUGCGACCAAGCUUUAACAUCCUGAUUGAUGUCUUGAGAUGUUGCUUCAAUAUAUCCAGAUAAUUUUCCUCCCUCAUGAUGCCAUCUAUAUUGUGAAGUGCACCAGUCCCUCCUGCAGCAAAGCACCCCCACAACAUGAUGCUGCCACCCCAUGCUUCACGGUUGGGAUGGUGUUCUUCUGCUUGAAAACCUCCCCUUUUUCCUCCAAACAUAUUGAUGGUCAAACAGUUCUAUUUGUGUUUCAUCAGACCAGAGGACAUUUCUCCAAAAAGUACAAUCUUUGUCCCCAUGUAUAGUUGCAAAAAGUCGGGAUUUUUUUUAUGGUGGUUUUGGAGCAGUGGCUUCUCCCUUGCUGAGCGGCCUAUCAGGUUAUGUCGAUAUGGGACUUGUUUUACUGUGGAUAUAGAUACCUUUGUACCUGUUUCCUCCAGCAUCUUCACAAGGUCCUUUGCUUUUUCUUUUGAUUAUCCCAUGAUGUCAAGAAAAGAGGCACUGAUUUUGAAGGUAGGCCUUGAAAUACAUCCACAGGUCCACCUCCAAUUGACUCAAAUGUUGUCAAUUAUCCUAUCAGAAGCUUCUAAGGCCAUGACAUUUUUUAGAAUUUUCCAAGCUGUUUAAAGGCACAGUCAAUUUACUCACUGGAAUUGUGAUACAGUGAAAUAAUCUGUAAACAAUUGUUGUAAAAAUGUCUUGUGUCAUGCACAAAGUAGAUGUCCUAACCGACUUGCCAAAACUAUAGUUUGUUAACAAGAAUUGUGGGGUGGUUGAAAAAUGAGUUUUAAUGACUCCAACCUAAGUGUGUAAACUUCCAACUUCAACUGUUUAUACCCCAUGAUUAUUGAAGAAUAUAACUUGUAAAUGCCACAUGAGCUAAGUUCAACUGUCGUACCAAGUCAGAACCCAAACUAUAGGCUUGUUAACUCCCAAUGUUUAAAAACAAUGUAAAUGUAAACAACCAUUUCAUAGCCUCAAAACAUGGUUAAAAUGAUCAUUUUGAUAUCGUGGAUAGUUGGGAGUCUAAAUCUGAGCGUGGUUACAUUUCUCCAGGCCACUUUGUUAUUGUUUCAAUUAAGUAAUCUAACUUUAAACAGACACAAUGUGGAUCGGUGUUCACUUCGGUUUGCAAAUUACAUUCAGAGGUACUAAAGUACUCUCAGCCAGGGUUUCCCCUCCCAUUUCAUGACUAAGAGAUGUGCUUCCCCGACAGCGGAAGUUGCCUGGUUCCCAAACUGUGGGUCGACCCAGCCCAACUGGGUAGUGGGAUGACCAAAGAUUUACAGUGCAUUUGGAAAGUAUUCAGACCCCUUGACUUUUUCCACAUUUUCUUACGUUACAGCCUAAUUCUAAAAUGUAUUAAAUCGUUUUUUUCCUCAACACACACACACAAUACCUCAAUUAAUACAUUAAAAUAAAGAUAUAUACAUACAUACAUACAUACAUUGGGGCAAAAAAGUCAUUGGUCAGCCACCAAUUGUGCAAGUUCUCCCACUUAAAAAGAUGAGGCCUGUAAUUUUCAUCAUAGGUACACUUCAACUAUGACAGACCAAAUUAGAAAAAAAAAUCCAGAAAAUCACAUUAUAGGAUUUUUAAUUUUUAAUUAGCAAAUUAUGGUGGAAAAUAAGUAUGACUUAUUAUGACUAAAGCUUGGAACACCUGUAUUUGGGGAGUUUCUCCCAUUCUCUGCAGAUCCUCUCAAGCUCUGUCAGGUUGGAUGGGGAGCGUCGCUGCACAGCCAUUUUCAGGUCUCUCCAGAGAUGUUUGAUUGGAUUCAAAUCCGGGCCAUGGCUGGGCCAGUCAAGAACAUUCAGAGACUUGUCCUGAAGCCACUCUUGCGUUUUCUUGGCUGUGUGCUUAGGGUCAUUGUCCUGUUGGAAGGUGAACCUUCACCCCAGUCUGAGAUCCUGAAUGCUCUGGAGAAGGUUUUCAUUAAGGAUCUCUCUGUACUUUGCUCCGUUCAUCUUUCCCUCGACUCUGACUAGUUUCCCAGUCCCUGCCGCUGAAAAACUAUCCCCACAGCAUCAUGCUGCCACCAUGCUUCACCGAAGGGAUGGUGCCAGGUUUCCUCCAGGCGUGACGCUUGGCAUUCAGGCCAAAGAGUUUAGUCUUGGUUUCAUCAGACCAGAGAUUCUUGUUUCUCAUGGUCUGAAAGUCCUUUAGGUGCCUUUUGGCAAACUUCAAGCAGGCUGUCAUAUGCCUUUUACUGAGGAGUGGCUUCUGUGUGGCCACUCUACCAUAAAGGCCUGAUUGGUGGGGUGCUGCAGAGAUGGUUGUCCUUCAGGAAGGUUUUCCCAUCUCCACAGAAGAACUCUGGAGCUCUGACCAUUGAGUUCUUGGUCACCUCCCUGACCAAGGCCCUUCUCCCUUGCUUGCACAGUUUGGCCGGGCAGACAGUUUUAAGAUGAGUCUUGGUGGGUCCAAACUUCCAUUUUAAGAAUGAUGGAGGCCACUGUGUGUCAGACAUUUAUUGGUACCCUUCCCCAGAUCUGUGCCUCAACACAAUCCUGUCUGAGCUCUACGGACAAUUCCUUUGACCUCAUGGCCUCGUUUUUGCUCUGACAUGCACUGUCAACUGUGGGACCUUAUAUAGACAGGUGUGUGCCUUUCCAAAUCAUGUCCAAUCAAUUGAAUUUACCAUAGGUGGACUCCAAUCAAGUUGUAGAAACACCUCAAGGAUGACAAAUGGAAUGCACCUGAGAGAAAAUUUAGAAUCUCUUAGAAAAGGGUCUGAAUACUUGUAAAUAAGGUAUUUUAGUUUUUUAUUGUUAAUGCAUUGAUAUAAUUUUGCUUUGUCAUUAUGGGGUAUUGUGUGUAGAUAAGGAUUUAUUUUUAUUUUAUCCAUUUUAGAAUAAGGCUAUAAAGUAACAACAUUUGGAAAAAGGGAAGGGUCUGAAUACUUUCCAAAUGCACUGUGUGUGUGUGUGUGUGUGUGUGUGUGUGUGUGUGUGUGUGUGUGUGUGUGUGUGUGUGUACACACACACACACACGAGAUGGCAAAAAGGGGGCUUUGUUUUGAAGCCACUGCGCCUCCAUAUUGGCACUCGCCCACAAUGUAAAAACAUAUUUUGGAAGCUAUAGAAAUGUAUGUCUACAUUUGUUUGUUUCACUUUUAUUAUAUUACAGACACCUUAAUGCAUUAUUUUAAAUGAUACACUGAACAAAAAUAUAAAUGUGACAUGUAAAAGUGUUUCAUGAGCUGAAAUAAAAGAUUCCAGAAAUGUUC